CUCUCCCUCCCAAGAGUCCUGCGUAGCUACUGCGAACCAGAGGACCAGACUGACGUUCGGUGCGGCGGACCGGCGAUGGAGUGAGGACGUGCGGCUGACCAGCGGUGGCGUGAGGUCUCGAUUGGAAGUAGGUGCUCAUAUUUGCAGACUCAUUUUUCUUGAAGAAUUCUUGGAACCAUUGUUGUUUAUUUUGGGUUCAUUGAAAAUUGUAUGAAAGUAGAUCUGGUAAGUUAUCAUGGGUUCCUUAUCUGGAAUCCUUCUAAGGCCGGUACUUGUCUGGAAUCCAUCAUUGCUCCACUGCCGAAAUAGGACUCCUUCCAGUAGUGGUUGCACUAAUAAAGUUAAUGACUUGGGAGUUUCUUUCUUCAAUUGUGUGCAUCCGAAAUCUGUACAUACCCAAAGCUCCUUGCUUUCUGAUUCUUUAAGUCAAUCUGAAGAUGGUGAGGAGCCUCCACAAGAACGAUUACCCUUUAUUGCAGGUGGGAUAGUAGCUUUGGGUAAGUUUGAGGCGCUUCACAUUGGUCACAGGGAACUUGCAAUCCAAGCAGCAAAGAUAGGAGUUCCAUUUCUACUCUCAUUUGUUGGAAUGGCUGAAGUACUCGGUUGGGAACUUAGGGUUCCCAUUGUUGCCAAAUGUGACCGCAAAAGAGUUCUGUCCUCUUGGGCUCCCUAUUGUGGUGGAAUGAUCCCCAGAGAAUUCCAAAUAGAAUUUUCAAAAGUUCGAUACCUCACUCCUCGUGAUUUUGUUGAGAAGCUGUCGAAAGACCUUGGGGUACUUGGUGUGGUGGCAGGUGAAAACUACCGGUUUGGUUAUAAGGCUUCCGGGGAUGCAUCAGACCUGUUGAAGCUUUGUAAUGAAUACGGCAUCCAGGCUUAUAUAAUUAAUUCCGUCAUGGACAAGAAUCAAGAUCCUAGCAGCUUAUAUUCUUACGAUGCAAAGGAGAGGGGACAAGUCUCGUCCACUCGUGUCCGAUAUGCGCUUGCCAAAGGAGAUAUGAAGUACGUGUCCGAGCUUUUAGGUCGCCACCACCGGCUUUUCUUGAUGGCGGGAGACCAAGAAAAGUUUACGAGUGAUAGAUGUAGGGUGUCAGCUCCAAAGUCGUGUCUGUUGAAUCUCCCGCCGAGGGAAGGUGUUUAUGAGAAUUGUUCGAUU